CUUCCCUAAGGCAUUCGAUUGUCAAUUCAAUUUUGAGUUAAUAUAUAUAUAUAUUUUUUUUGUUACUUGAAUGGAAAAGAGUGUGUGCUAAUUGCUAUACAAGAAUUUGGAAUUUGAUUUGAUUUACUUCCAAUGGCGGAAGGACCGGAAGCGAUCCCUUCAAGCUCUCAAUCAUCUUCUUCUCUGAAAUGGCAGAGCGACAAUCUUGAACAAACCCAGGUUCCUAAACUUUCCAGUUUUCCCACUUUUCCAAAUGGUAAUGUGCAAAUGAUCCCAAUCAUGUAUCCUGCACUUUUUCCUGGAUCAGCUGCUUUGGAAAAUCAAAAUCGUGGAGCUGGUAUUUAUGCAGUUCCUUCUUUUCCAUCAAUGGGGGGACCUAUUAUUGGAAUGACGACUAAUAAUCUUAUUCCUCUGACUUACAGCAUACCCACUAGAUCUGAUACCAGUAAUAGAACAAAUCCUGAGGGUGGCACAACAGUUGAAGAGAAUGGGCGAGUAGAAGGACAACAACAGCAACAGCAGCAGCAACCAGCACCCCAAAGACAAGUUGUUGUCAGAAGAUUUCAAAUUGCAAUACAGAUUGAUUUGUUGCUCAUAUUGAAGCUCGCUGCUGUUAUUUUUCUUGUUCAUCAAGAUGGUUCGAGACAAAGGCUUAUUGUUCUGGUGAUUUGUGCUUCACUAGUCUAUCUAUAUCAAACUGGGGCACUAACACCAUUGAUACGAUGGCUUUCACAAGGCAUGCAAAGGGCAGCUGCACCUCCCCAUCCCCCAAGACCUGGAGUUAGAGCAGAGAACGCUCCGGUAGCUCCUCCAGUUGCAAGGCAAGAAGCUCAGAACGCUGCUUUUGCAGAGGGACAACCGGGGGCGGAGGUCGAGAACCAACCUGCAAAUGAAGGGAACCGUGCUGUUGAAAACGAGAAUGUGGCAGAGCCUGGUGCUGGAAAUGGUGGUCUCAACUGGUGGGGAGUGGUGAAGGAAAUCCAGAUGAUAGUCUUUGGCUUUAUUACUUCUCUGCUCCCAGGCUUUCAUAACCACAUGGACUAGAACAUUACUGAAAGAUUAUGAACCAAUCUGAAGCUGGAAACAUUUUUUUUUUCUUUUCUUUUCCUUUGAACAAACAACUUAAAAUGUUAUGAGAAGAGUAUGUUGGACAAAUCUCUGUGUAGAGACUGAAACAACGAAAUUUAGCAGUGAGUUAUGGGUUUAGCUUCAUGUUAAAAAAGGAUUAUUGUCUUUUCAUUUCCCUCAUUCGUACGAGGUUUCUUUGUAAAUGAAUGUUUUUUCUUUUCCUUUCAAAUAUCACUUUCUUGUUUGUAUUUUAACAUAUUAAA